AUGGAGAUUUUGACCAGACUUGAAGAGGCACAUAUCGUUACUCAGCUGGUGACUCGUCAAUCGUUACCGAUCGCAGUGCCAUGGGCCGACCUGGUGGUGUCCGCUGGUGGAGACGGCACGUUUCUCACCGCUGCCGCUGCCGUCACCGACAAAACACCCGUGAUCGGUAUUAACACCGAUCCCGUGGGGUUAGUGUCAUCAGUGUCUAAGGAGCUUUUUAGCAAAAAAUCUUGA